CACAGGCAAGUGUGUCCCCUGCCUGCAGCCUCCCAGCUUUGCUUUGCACCGGGAAUUACAAUGAAUUUUGCAGCACAGUUUCUCUACUCCAGGGCAUUAAAAAACAGAAGUCCCAGGGACCGCUCCAGGGAAGAUGAAGAGUACGAUCCUUUCUGGCAAAGGUUGGAGAAUAUUGCUGUCUGACUUAGAGCUAGAGCGCUCCUUUCUCCCCCUCAGGGGUCAUGGUCAGCCCUCGGGGUCCACCCAGGGCCAGGCCCAAGGACAUGACAACCCCUGGACCCCUCCUGCCUCCUUACGGUGUCGUAGUUGGAGUUUUGCUUCGCCUCGUUGUUUAUUUAGUCGCUGUGCUGUAUAGUUAUGCUGAGAAGCUGUUCUUGAAAAAGGAUGACAAUAAAAUAAAGAAUCAAGUUGCCCCGGCACUUUGUGAUCUUCACUGUUGUAAGGAUGGGCCGAUAAGAAAUGGCCUUAUUGGGCAGAAGCCACCCUCUAUCAACCCUGAAAGACUGAAAGAUUUUGGUGAGGAGGAUUACCUGAACGGAGAUGUGAAGACCUGGGAAAUGAAGAUAGUGAGCCGUAAUGAGGAGUUACUUAGAGAUGGCCCUUCCCGCAUCGCUCAGUCAAGCAGUAGGACCAGCCUGUCAAGCUGUAACAAGCUCAUUCGAUUUGAAGAUAUUAGUGCAGCAGCUUUCAAAAUCCAGUGCGGUGUUCAGAAAACCCCCUGCAUGUAUUCUAGGCUAUCCAAGCAGUAUGGAAUGGACAUCUACUUAAAGAAAGAGUUCCUCCAGUACACAGGAUCUGUGAAGGAACGAGGUGUACUUUACCUUCUGACAUCAUUGCCUCAGGAUCAGCAAAGAAAGGGGGUGAUUGUGGCUUCGGACAGUAACUUUUCCAUGGCUGUUGCUUACCAUGCCUCAGAGCUCCGUAUUCCAGUGUUUGUCAUCAUGUCAACCAGCACGUCCCCAGCCAGAGUGAAAAUGUGCCGUGAGUACGGUGCCAUGGUUAUCUCCUAUGGCACUACGGCUAAGGAUUCCCAGACACAUGCAAGAAGGUUGGCGCAGGAGAAUGGUUACCUUUACCUCGAAGAGGAGGACAGUGCUGUCUACCUGUCCGGCCUGGGAACUGUGGGGCUGGAGCUCUACGAGCAGGUGCCAAAGCUGGACGCGGUGAUUUUCCCUGCGGGAGGACACUGUGGAUUGCUGGCAGGGUCGGCUGCUGCGCUCAAACACCUCAACCCACACAUUUCUGUCAUUGGAGUUGAAUCUGAAAACUUCCCUGUAUUGCAACAGUCCUUAAAGGCUGGCCACCCAAUUGAAGACCAAGCUUGCAGUAAUCAUCACUUUUAUGGAGAUGUGAGUGGACUUUGCUUUGGCAGCAAUUCUUUGCAGCUGACUGGGAAACUUGUGGAUAAAGUUGUUGCUGUGAGGGAGGAGGAUGUCCUUGUUUCGAUGCUGAGAUUGCUGGAGUAUGAGCGAGCCACAGUUGAUGCAGAAGGGGCCAUUGGGCUCGCAGCGCUGGUUGCAGGGAAGCUGCCGGAGUUGAAGGGUAAAAGAGUGGCAAUUGUUAUAUGCAGUGGAAACAUAGAGUUACAUUUGCUACAACAGUGCAUAGCUCGUGCCCUGACCCUCGAUAACAGAGUGUGCAGAUUUUCCCUUGUGCUUCCUGACUGCCCAGGAGACAUUUCAAAGCUACUGGAGAUUUUGGCUCGGGAAGAAGCAAGAGUUUUGGAUAUCAAGCAAGAACGCACAUUUGUGACAUCUGGGCUCUUCAUGGUUAAGGUCACCUGCACUGUGGAGACCAGAGACAAGAUCCACGCAGCCCAGCUGAGGAGCGCGCUGCUGGAACGGUACCCCACAGCUGCCUGGACCGAGCGGUGAUGGGCGCUGCACCAGGGCAGGAGCCGAGGUCCUCUGACAAGUAUUUUACAGAGCUCUAACCUUGACGCAUUCAGAACAAAUAUUGUCUUUCAAAGCUGAACUGUUAGUGAAUAGUUUCAGGAUAUUUAUUUCCUGCUCAAAAUGUAGGGAAUGUCCUCGGGAACCAUUAAACUCAAAACUUUAGCUUAGCUAAGGGAAACUUCAUAGUCUCUGCCGGUGUUGGAAUUCAAUAUUUCAUUAUCAGCUGGCUGCUUGGAUUUCGGCUAGUAUGUAGAAUCCAAUGGCAUUCAAUAAAUAAACAGGGAGAAGGCAUUUUUCUUCACAUCUGAAUAUAGACCUCUCAAAGGCCUUCUGAUUCUGAUGCCCCUAAUUAAAGCAAGGCAGCUCCUUCUGCUGGAUUUUGCCAUACUACUGGCAUAGUGAUUUUCCAUUUCAAAGCCAGAAGCUCUCCAUUUGCUGAAUCUGCUUUGGGAGAUACAUACAUGUGUGCGGCUGUGGGUUUGAACACACUUCUGUUCUGAUAUUUGCUAUCAUGUGAGGAAAAAUUACGCUAAAAAAAUGCAAUUUGAACAAAACAAAACAAAACACCCUUGGAAGAUAAAAGCCAAUAUUGUUUUACUUUUUUUUUUUUUUUUCUCUUUCCGAAGGCAAGAUGAUCCUAUUUGUAAGGUGAAGUUCCAAAAGAUGUUGCAGUAAUUAAAAAUAAAAAGUAUUCUGAGUAUAGGCAGACCUCAUAUGCAGAACAAAAAGGUAGUUGUUUCCUCUGCUUUUGGGAACUCAGUAUGAAAAGUAGCACAUAAAGCUGCUUGUGUUUCUUUGUAAAAAGGGGUCUCUCCACUCAUGCAAAUUUUGGAAUUAAUAUUCCACUGAUCAUCUUAGUCUGCCUAAAACAGACUCUAUCCAUCUCACCUGACAGAUUAAGUACACUGUUAAGAGUGAAAUAUAUUUAAAGAUCAGAUGCUGGCAGAAGAGGCAGCCUAAGUCUGAGGCACAUGGCUAAUGCAAUUAGCAAAGAACACAUUGACCUAAAUACCAUUUUCAUCACUAGAGGCAGAGACCAGCUAAUAAGGUAACAUAAUGGGAUGGCAAGAAAUGGAAGAGAAAUUCUGGCCCACUUCUAAGUGUGUGUCCAACAGUUGCCUUUCUACUUGGGCAACUUUAUUUUCUAAUCAGUGGGAACCACAUUUAGCAAGUCUUCACAAAACUGGGGCAAGAGAGGUAGCAGACAGAACAACCGAAAACCAGUGCACUCAGAAUCAUUGCCUGAUUUUGAAAAUGUGUUCUGGGGAAAGAAGAAAAAAAAAAUUAUGUCUAGACUUUACUUAAAAUGUCAAACAUGUUAUAUGCAGUUUGGUUUUAUUAAAUAUAAAUUGUAAAUCACUUUUCAAUGGUUAACUCUUUACAUGUGAGUAUAAUGAUACCAUAGUUGAUUGCCAUUCUAUAUUGCUUUUAUGUCAGUCCAUUGGCUCUAAAGGUAAGAUGAAAUAAUUCCAAGGGGAAAAAAAAAAAGAACAAAAAUGAAUGUAUGCAAUUGGAAAUAAUACUAACCUUUUGCAUUAUGAAACAUAAUAGGACUAUGGCAUUUCAAAGAUCUAUUAAUGUAUUUUUAAAUGUUUCAUUUAAAGAAGUAUUUUUAUAUAGAGUUCUUAUGUAUUUUGAAAAAAAUAACUUUAAUUAUUAUGUAAAAAUUUCACAAAUUCUUAAAUCAACAAAAUGUAAAUCCAAGUAUUGUAUUUAUUUGAAAAUAAUUAAAAUUAUGCUAUACAACCUCA